GAACAAGCUCAGACCAGGUCCAAGUAUAGACCAAGUUUUAGGACUGCAAGAAUCUGGACUAAACCAUCUACAGAGAGAAAGAGGAGAGUAUCAUGGUGAAUUUGAAUUGGUUUAGAUGAGUUUUGAACAGGACUAUAUGGAUCUGAACUGGUUUUGAGGCGUCUAAACAGGGACCAGGCAGAACUCAACCAGGUUUCGACAGACCAAAGUUGAAAUGUUGUGAGAAACAAGAAGAAAGUAGAAAAUGGAGGACGACGUGAGUAAGAAAGGAGCUCUGUUUCUACAGCAACAGAGAUUUGGAAAGAGAUGGAGGAAAAUGUGGUGUGUCCUGUUCAGAGAGAGUCACUGCUCCGUGUCCAGACUGGAGAUCUACGACUGGAAUGAACGCACCGACAAAAGUAUACGCAGACACCAAGAUAGCAAGAAGGUGAUCCGAUUGUCCUCGUGUAUCCGCGUGUCACCGGUGGACGUGGAUAGCGCUCCCAAAGACACCAGUGCAUUCCUGUUGGAGACCACAGAGAAGAUCUUUGUGUUCGCUGCAGACAGACUGCAGGCGGAUGAGUGGACCCAGAGACUGUGUGAGAUCGCCUUCCCUAUGAACUGGACCGGGCCAGGACUACAGAGGGGCAGCUCUCAGAGGAACACCAGGUCUGAACCAAACCUGAACCAGGUCCAAGGAGCCACGGCCGGCAUGGAGGACAACUCUCUGUACAGCCAGAGGGAAACAGUCCUGGUGCAGGACUUCCGUGUGCUGGUUCGUAGGACUGAAGCUUCUGAGCGGUGUAGGCUGAAGGGGGAGGCGGUGCUGAAGGCCGACGCUGACGCACUGAUCCUGAUCGACAGGUGUGGACAGGUGCUCUUCUCCUGGCCCUACAGGUACCUGCGACGCUUCGGCAGGGACAAGAGUUCCUUCUCAUUUGAGGCCGGUCGGCGCUGUGACUCUGGGGAGGGCAGUUUUGAGUUCGACACCAAAUUCGGAAAUGCCCUGUUCGCCGCUGUUGAAACUGCCAUCAACCGCCAGCGCAUGUCCCUCCCCCAUAGCCCGGCCUCAACGGGAUUGGAUGGUCCGCCACCCGUGUCCCGCCCACAGAGACAGACCUCCUUGGGAUUGGACAGCCACCCGCCAAUCUCCCGCUCUCUGCCGCCCCGCCCAGUGGAUCCUGAUCCCGUCUACAGUCUGGUGAAUGAUACAACUCUGCAGAGCACACACAAAGAUAGAGAGAGCUCCUCCCCUUCACUGCGCCACCACCUGUGCCGACUGGAGCCCCCGGUGGACAAAACGCUGACUGCAGUGAAGAGCCUGACUCUGGAGAACAGGGACCUGCCGGUGCACAGGAAGAACCAGGUCAAAAUGAUCAGCAGCUGCCCCCUGCCUGGAGACUCCACCCCCUCAGCACCAGGCCCCACCCUCGCUACUCCAGGCCCCGCCUCAACGUACUCUCAGGUCCCAGCGAAAGGCAAGAAGAGGAACAAGACGGAGGGCCCCAACGGAUCAUUUGAAGCACGGCACAGUCUUGAGUCUGAGUACUCCCAGCCCUUUGACCUGGUGAUCCCUGACCUCCGAGAUCUGGGAGGGGCGGAGUCAGAGCGCCCUCUGGGGGCCGAUCCUCUGUAUGACAGCAUCGAUGAGUUUCAGAUCAGGACCAUCUUUCACAGCGACAGAACGGACCACAUCUACGAUGAACCGGAAGGCUGCCAGAGCAAGGAUCCGGCCAAAAAAGCAUCCGUGGUGGCCGCAGCUUCUCUGUACGAUGAGCCAGAGGAGAUCCGAGUAGAAGCCUGGAGGAUCAUGGGAACUGAGCAAGACCCUAAAGGACACGAGUUUCCCUACAACCCCCGAGCUGACGACUAUGCAGUACCCAAGCGGGUUCAGAGGGCGUUCCCUGAUCUACAGGAGGGACUAGACCUGGAUCCGGGGAAGAACCGGGGUUCAGCCCAGGAUUCGGACCAGGAACAGGAUCUAGACCAGAAGCAGGAGGAGAAGGGGCCCAAGGAGGAGCAGGGACCAGGGACAAAUAAAAAAUAUUCUCCCUAUAACAACCUUCCAGUGAAGACAGAAGAGCAGUAGUCAGUUUAAAGGACAUUUUUCAUGCUAAAUUCACUUUUUUGAGUUUUUGACCAUGAUGUAACAUUGUUCCCUCAUCAAAAACACAUCUGGAGUUGUAUAUUCCGCUUCAUGCACACGGGUCUGUAAUCCUCUGUAAAGAGUCCUUCGCCUCUGAGCCUCAGAAAAUGUGCAGUUUGAAAUUUCCCGGGAUUGUUGUGUCACAGGUAGGGUUGUGAUGAAAGAAAAAUUGUGAACUUAAUUUCGAUACUAAGGAAUCGACUCGAUACUCAUACGGUUUCCAAUAUAGUUCCAUGGGCAUGUACUAAUCUAUGUGGUCUUAUACUUUGUGUGAUACAGCUUAAGAUCAUUCUAAAGCUAAUCAGGAAAGGUUCAUUUCUGUCCUGUAAAUGUGACUUUUAAUAUCAAUACUUGCUCAAAUGAGUCUCUAGUUGCUAGUUUUAGUAUUGAUUUGUACCUGAUUUUUGAUACUUUUGACAGCCCUUUGACAGUUUAUAAUCGCUAUAGUAGGCUUUAUUCAGAUUACCUUCACACAAAAAUACAAUAUUGUCAACUGUUAUCGCAACGGUCAUCAUUUUUCAUCAUUCUGAAACCCAUAGCUUAUAAACAAUCUAAUAACAUUGUCUCCUGUUCAAAAUAUGCCCGUUUUUUGCUCACACACAUCUUUGUUGUCUAAAAUGAGGUAACUGAAGGCAUCUGAUCCUUCAAUCUGUCACUCACCUGAAUUUGGCCAAAAGGAGAAGAGGUUGUCUGUGUUUGAGCAAAGAGCUGCAUUAAAGUGCACGUGACAACUUUUAUGUUUUUAAAAUUAUGACUCGGUUUGGUGGGACAGUAUCUGUGCUAAAUAUUUAUCAUGGUAUCAUUUAUCAGUGGCAGUGGCAGUUUGUGGAAAAAAAAAAAAGCUGAGAGGCAAAAAGUUGACAGUUGUGGAAUUGCCUCCACCUGUGGCAUAUCUGCGGCCCACGUUGAAUCAGUCAGUAAAAUGAUAAACUUCACUGAACGUCAACAACGAUACUUUUUAACCUCAUUUGAACUUGUUUCUCUCACUUUCCAUGCACCUGUAGACGACUGUUCUGUGGAUUAAAUGUGUAUGUAUAUGUAUAUAUGUAUCUUUCUAAAUGUAUGUAUUUAUCUAUUAAUCUAUCUCUAUCUAUGUCUGUCUCUAGAUUUUCCUCUAUGACUAUCAAUCUCUCUCGAUAUAUACCCCUCUCUAUCUAUGUAUUUCACUAUCGCUAUCUCUCUUUCUCUCUAUGUAUGUAUCUGUCUGUCUAUCUAUCUAUCUCUCUCUGUCUUCCUCCCUCUCUCUUUCUCUCUCUAUGAGUAAACAGAGGACUAAACAAGACUUAAAGGAUUGAUAUUGUACUGUAAGUAAUAGGAGUAGGAGAAAGACUUGAGAACAGCAAACUCUUUCCCUCAUAAAGGCCAGAACAUUUUAGCGACACAGUGCAACCUGCAUUUUUCUUUAUUCUUUCUGUUUAUUUUGUCAUGCAUGAGGAGGCUGUAUGGUAUUUUUAAAUAUGACUAACUUAAUGUAAUAAUAGCCUAGAGUCAUCCUAAAUUGCUAUAAAUAAAACAAAUAUUAAAAGGAUGGAAUUUUACUGUC